CCCCCCCCCCCCCCCCCCCCCCUUCCUCGGCUGUGCUCUUCAUGUCCGCGUCUCCUCCGCUCUCGUCCCGCAUCCUCGUACCGGGCUUGGCCACCCGCUGACGCCGCCGAGGCAGGAUGGUGCGCAUCGCUAGCGCACUGGGGCUUGUCAUGUUCAGUGUGGCGCUGCUCAUUCUGUCCCUCAUCAGCUACGUGUCCAUUAAGAAGGACUUCCUUCUCGGCACCCCCAGAUAUGGACCGAACGGAGGACCGAGGAUGUACAUGUUCCACGCGGGCUAUCGCGAAAGGCCGCCUCGCAAGCCUGACCUCAGCUCCCAAUUGGCACAAAAGUAUCUGGAUCCAGUUUUCACGCCGCUGACCGAUGCUCUUAGCGAAGACCUCAAGAAUUCCUCAAAAUGGAGAUACAACAGCACAGCAUUUAUCCAACAGAGGAAGGAAAUCUCUCAAUAUGUCGACAUUCCUCACAACUUCUCAUUAACGCGCAGCUUAGUCCGCAUUGGCCAGCUGAUGCAUUACGCCUACUCCAGCCACAAGUACGUCUACUCCAUCGGCGAGAACUUCCGCUCGCUCCUCCCCGAGGUGUCGCCGAUUCUGAACAAGCACUACAAUGUCUGCGCGGUGGUGGGCAACAGCGGCAUCCUCACCGGCUCACGUUGCGGCGAUCAGAUUGAGAAGUUUGACUUUGUAUUCCGCUGCAACUUUGCGCCAACGGAGUUCUUUAAGCGAGAUGUCGGGCGGCGCACAAAUAUGACAACCUUCAACCCGAGCAUCUUAGAGAAGUACUACAACAAUCUGUUGACGGUGCAGGACAGGAAUAAUUUCUUCCUGAGCUUGAAGAAGCUGGAUGGGGCAAUUCUGUGGAUCCCGGCAUUCUUCUUCCACACGUCAGCCACAGUGACCAGGACUCUGGUGGACUUCUUUGUGGAACAUCGCGGUCAGCUGAAAGUCCAGCUGGCCUGGCCUGGAAACAUCAUGCAGCACAUUAACAACUAUUGGAAAACCAAACAGCUGUCGCCAAAGCGCCUGAGCACCGGCAUCCUGAUGUACACGCUGGCAUCGUCCAUGUGCGACCAGAUCCACUUGUACGGCUUCUGGCCAUUCGGGUGGGACCCCAACACGGGGAAGGAACUGCCUUAUCACUACUACGACAAGAAGGGCACCAAGUUCACCACCAAAUGGCAGGAGGCCCAUCAGUUGCCCGCUGAGUUCAAACUCCUUUACAAGAUGCACACAGAAGGGCUGCUGAAGCUCAGCCUCUCCCACUGCGCUUAGACAUGAAACCGCAGGAGGUAUUUCAAUUGUCUCAACCGGAGCUUCCAAAGUCACAAAAAGGACCAGUCGGACCAGGACUGAUCAAUGUGGUUUUCACAACGGCACGGCCUCGGCAAGGAGACGCAAUGGACUCUGGCGCUAUUUUAGGAACAAGAGUCUAUCUCUCUCAAGCUGUGGCGGCCAUGCAUUAAAGCUGUAGAAACAAGGACUGUCUUCGUUGUGUUGUCAGUCACGACACUCAAGGGCUGCCGCUCCCGACGUCAUGCUGCGGUUCAGUAAAACGUCACAAGUGCGUUCUCUAAAGUAUCACGUGAGGGGCAGAAUUUGGACCAACCCAGAAGCGAGAGGGGACACCAAAGUGGAAAAAGUCUUUGCAUAGAAAAAUACAAAUUGACAACAGAGAGCACAGA